AUGUCGACCACAACCACGCCAGCCACGGCCAACGAGGCCGGAGGCAUCUCCGAGGCCAAGGCCGACCACGGCAACGAUUACACCCAUGUCGAGAGCAAGGCUGUCAACUUUGUCACCGACAACUCGCACGAGGUCUCGGCCGACAGCAACUUCACCUUCUGGCAGACCCUGCGCCACUACUGGCGCGCCAUGGCCAUCUCCUUCGCCUGCGGCAUCUGCGCCAUGGGCGACGGCUACCAGUACAAGAUGCCCGGCAACAUCGUCGCCCUCAAGGGCUUCAUCCGGCAGAUGGGCUACUUUGAUGACCAGAAGAAAGCCUACGUUCUCGAGUCGCAGAAGGUCGCCGCGUGGGGUGGCACCUAUGCUGGGGCUCUCGUCCUUGUCCUUCUUGUCGGCAACUGGCCUGUCGACCGCUUCGGUCGCAAGCCUGCUCUCUGGGCCGUCCAGAUUUUCAUGAUCAUCGCCGGUAUCAUCGAAGUGUUUGCCACAAACUGGACGCACUGGCUGGCAGCCAAGAUUCUCAAUGGUCUCUCUGUCGGUGCCAACCAGAUGGUUGCCACCACCUACAUCUCAGAAAUCGCCCCGACCAAGGCCCGUGGCGCUGCACUCGGCUUCUAUCAGUUGUUUACUUUGGAGUGGGCGAUUGGCUCCUUUGCUGCUGCCGUGGCCCUGCAGAUCGUGUCUCAACUGGGCAUAGACCAGUGGCGCCACGCCGUCUACUCGCAGUGGCCCUUUGUCGGCAUGGCCAUCAUCUGCCUGCUGCUCAUGCCCGAGACGCCUCGCUUCUACGCGCAGCGCGGCCGCCACGACAAGGCCAAGAAGACCAUGCAGAAGAUCUACCGUGGAGUUCCCAACUUCGACAUCGAGCACGAGUACUCGAUCAUCCUCAAGGAGAUCGAGGACGGCAAGCUGCUCACCCAGAGCCAGAAGGGCGUAACCGUCCUGGACUGCUUCCGCGGGACCAACCUCCGUCGGACCAUCGUCUCCCUCGUGCCGUUCAACAACCAGCUCUGGGACGGCGCGCCCGUGCUCUUCUCGUACACGUCCUACUUCUUCCAGAUGGCCGGCAUCGCGCAGCCCUUCAUCGCCACCGUCGCCGUCAACACAGUCCUCGUCGUCUUCGUCGCCAUCAGCUUCUACACUACCGACAAGGUCGGCCGCCGGCCCCUGCUGGUCUACCUCGGCGCCUUCAUGGUGCCGCUGCUCUUCAUCAUCGGCGCCAUCAUGAAGCUGCCCAAGUCGACGACCAACGGUACCGCCAUGAUUGCUGUGUCAUGCAUCUGGGUCGCCGCCUACUCGUCCUCGGCCGGCCCGCUGGGCUUCACCUUCCUCGCCGACUGCUCGACGGCCGUGCUGCGCGCCAAGACGGCCAACAUGGGCGCCCUGGCGUUCGCGCUGCUCUCGCUGGUGACGACCUACUGCACGCCGCUCAUGCUCGCGGCGCCCAACUUUGGCGUCUCGGCGACCAUGUUCUUCUACGGCUCGACCUCGCUCGUCUUCGUCGUCAUCAUGUGGUUCGUCAUCCCCGAGACCAAGAACCGGUCCUACCUCGAGCUCGACGAGAUGUUUGAGCUCAAGGUGCCCGCGCGCCAGUUUGCGACCUACGAGACGUCGGUCGACCGGGCCCGCAAGGCCGCGGCGGCGGCUGGCAUCGAUGCUACGAAGGUGUGA